AUGCCAACGCUUUUCCAUGUAAGAGAUUAUCGCGGGGCUACAGUUGAGGACCUCGAUAUAAAGCCAGCUAUUUCCAUCAACCCAUCUACAUCUCUCGCGGAAGCCACUGACAUAGCAUUUGAAAAUGAGUUCACUAACUUACCAGUGAUCAAUGAGACCAAUAAGAAGCUCCUUGGAAUCUUAAACAUCGAGUCAUUGAAAAAUAUUCCAAAAAAUACUCCAGUUGCGCCAGUUGUAAAACACUACAUGCUCUGGUUUCAUCAAAACGCUCGUAAGAAGUAUGAGGAUCAAUUUAGUAAGAACAGCAGCACUACCGUUGAAAGGACGAAGCUCAACACCACUAUCAAGACUCCUACACGUAGUAGAAAGUACACUAUUGUGACUCCUUUGACACCAUUAGAAGAGCUUUCCGCUUUUUUCAAUCAAGGUAACUUCUUCGCUAUCAUUACCAAUGAUGAAGGCACGUUUGUCUAUGGAGUGGCUACCCCCGAAGAUUUAAUGAAGUAUGAAAACUCAAGACCAAAAUUGUGA